AACGAACAGGUAUAGAAACUAGAACAUCAACAUUGAUGCCAGUGUGCAAAUCAGCCAGGUCAACAAGUGCUAGAUCACAGGACUAUGAAGAGCUAGAAAAGCAGCUGAAAGAAGUCUUUAAGGAGCGAAGCACCAUCCUCCGUCAGCUGACAAAGACAUCAAGAGAACUUGAUGGAAUUAAAGUCAACCUCCAGUCUUUGACAAAGGAUGAGAAAUCUGCCAAAACUGAUGUUCAGAAGCUUCUAGAAAUAGGUCAGAAACAAAGAGAACAAAUGAAGUCUCUCCAGGAGGCCCUGCAAAAUCAACUUAAAGAGACAUCUGAGAAAGCCGAAAAACAACAGGCUACUAUUAAUUUUUUAAAGACUGAAGUGGAAAGAAAGAGCAAAAUGAUCCGAGAUCUUCAGAAUGAGAAUAAAAGCUUGAAAAACAAACUCUUGUCUGGAAACAAGCUGUGUGGCAUCCGUGCAGAAGAGUCCAAAAAAAUCCAGGCCCAGCUGAAGGAGCUUCGUUAUGGGAAGAAGGAUUUAUUAUUUAAGGCCCAACAGCUUACUGAUCUGGAACAAAAAUUAGCUGUGGCCAGAAAUGCACUGGAGAAAGCAGCUCUUGACCGGGAAUCACAACUGAAAGCAAUGAAAGAGACUGUGAAACUCUGCCUGUCAACUGUUUUCAGCGAUCAACCGUCCCCAUUGAGUCUAAUCAGGUCAAAUCCAACUCAGAUGUCAAUUCCACCCAGGACAAUUGACACGAAGGUUCCAGACGCAAGAAUGAAAAGCAAGGCUCAACAAAGCACUCCAGGAAGCAAUGACAGCUCUCAAGUUGUGACAACAAAGGACGAAAAGCUGAAAAUCCCUGAGUGCAAUUCUGAAAAUCUUUUACAGGUGGAUGGGACCUGUUUAAUGAAGCGUAAAGAAAACCCCCCAAGAAAUGACACUGCAGAACCAGAGCCUACCCUGCAGAAAUUACAAAUGCCUCAUUGUACUGAAUGUGAAGUGGAAAAAACCCAGGAAAAACAAAUGACCCGCUUUGAAGGGAGGGCGACUAGAGAAGAAAAAAUACUGUAAAAGCCAAGAAACUGUGUUUAAAAAAAACAUUCAUUUGCUAUUGUCUUCAUACCCUUUUUAGACCACAGGCUUGAUGGAAAUACUAAGUUUUUAAAGCAUGCAACUUUUUUCACAAUUUAUAGUCUGCAAAUUUUCCAAAAGAUCCCAGUCUGAUUAUGAUCCUCAAGCAAUAACCUAAUUAAAAAGGAUAUCCACAGUCAUAAAUAGUCAUUGUCAUCAGUAAAUUGCCCAGUAUAAAUUGGUCUGUUUUGAAUUCAUAUAAAAUAUAACAUUUAAUUGUUAUGGUUCAUUUUGGUAUCUAGGACUUCUGUGAUCAAUAUAGUUUGUGAAAUCAGCUGGAGGAUGAGAAUAUGUUUUGGAUCUUCAGCAUUCUUAGAAUCCAAAUUGCAAUUAAAUUAUAAAGAUUCUGGCCCACACCAGCAAUUGGAGUUACUUUCCUCAAGGUUGGAAUCUGUGCUGAUAUAUAUACAAAAAAGUAUAUACAUUUUAAGAAAGGAAAAAGCUGUAUUAAAAUUGUAAUACUCAAUA